AUGUCAGGCGAUCUCGUACUCUUGACCGGUGCAACCGGCUUUGUGGGCUUCAGAACACUUCUGUCAACCUUGAGAGCUGGAUAUCGCGUUCGAUGUGCCGUUCGGUCCCAGUCAGGCAUCAAGAAGAUUCUAGCAGCGCCAAGUCUGCGUGACCUCGAACCGUCAGACUCACAGCUACAAUGGGCUGUCGUCCCGGACUUUACCACAGUGGGCGCCUUCGAUGAGGCAGUCAAGGGCGCCAGAUACAUCAUCCAUUGUGCGUCUCCCGUGGUCAAGUUCCAACCUGACGGCGGCCUGGGAAGAGAAGACGAGAUCUACGUCGAACCUGCCGUGCAAGGCGUCCUAGGCAUGCUUCAGAGCGCAUUAUCGCAUGCCAACGACACAGUAAAGCGGAUCGUCGUGACAAGCUCCAUUGUGGCCAUCAUGCCGAGGUCAUGCUUCCGGGGCGAGGGUUUGGAUCGACCAGCUUUCACCGGACAAUCCCGACUUCCGUGGCCCAUUCCUCCGUACGAGGACCCGUACAGCGCCAGCAAGACUGCCGCCCUCGAAGCCUCUGAGAAUUGGAUAAAGGAGCACCGUCCGUCAUUUGACCUCAUAUCGAUUAUGCCCGGCUGGGUCUUGGGCCACGAGGAACUUGCCACGUCGACAGAAGCUAUUCUGUCAGGCUCCAACAAUGCCUUGCUUUACUUCUUAGCAGGCGGCACGCGCGACUACCCCAUUAACACGGGUUACAUCUCGGUUGGUGAUCUAGCAGACGCGCAUGUCAUUGCGUUGUCCCCGUCUGUUUCGGGCGGCCAGUCUGUCAUCCUCUCUCAACAUCUCGAUUUCGAAGAGGCAAGGGAAAUCGCGAAGAAAACAUUCCCCGAGGCGUUUGAAAACGGCAUUCUCAGUGACAGCGGCGUGCAGCCAACUGUGAGCAUUCCGACGGAUGCCUCCGACGGCGAGAAGCUACUCGGACGCAGAUUUGCAACUGCUGAGGAGGUAGUAAAGGAAGUUGCGGCGCAGUAUGUGAAGCUCGCUGAGCAAAGAAGCUGA